GCCCCCCUCAAUGACGUCACGGGCCGGAUGUGUCAACCCUGGAAGUAAACAGGAAGGGGCCCUUCGAGGCUUCGGCCACAACACACAAGUAAACAUUUGUCUCCUCGGCCGUCCCGACGCCGCCCGUCAACCCCCCGUGUCUGUCCGCGCCCCCGAGCUCCAUGGCCCUGGACUCGGCGCUGUCGAGCGAGGCGUGGGCCCACGUGUGUGAGGGUCUCGCCGGCCCCGAGGUUCCCAGCACGACUGACGGCUUCGAGGAUUCAUUUGGAAGCAGUGACGCUUCCACCGGAGUUCCUGACACACGGGGAGGCCCACUCAUCCACGCCGCUGAGACACAGGGAAACAACACCCAUACCCCAUUCCCUAAAACACACAGGGAUGCUCCCAUCACGAUUCCUGAGACAUUUGGGGAUGUACUGGAAAGGAACCCUCAGACACGGGGAGACGACACCAUUGUCACCGAGACAAAGAGAGACACUGUGACCAGGAUCACUAAAGCAGCGGGGGACAAGGUUCCUGAGAUGCAAUGGGGAACCCAGACCCUGAUUCUUGCAACGUCACUUUGCAACGCCACCUCCUCCAGCGUCAACACACGGCAAGACGGCAGAGCCGCCCCCGACACUGCGUCUGGGCGACUUGACGAUUCUGCAGCUUACUUGGCCUUGCUCGAGUCACGGCUGAGACGUAUCAAAGGGCAGGAGCGGGCCGUGUCGUCACGGGAGAUGGUGAGCAGCCUGGCGCAGGCGCGGCAAGAGUGCUUGGACCGUCUCCUGCACGACGACUCAUCCACGGAGGCCUUCACUGAAGACAACCUCGAAGACGGCUCCCUGACACAGUUCCGGCGAUGGCUCGCGCCCGAGCGAGUAGCCGUCACAGCCGAAGAAUUGGAGCAACUCAUACCGCCCGUGGCCAUGGUGGAAAAUAGCACGGCGUCGACUAACGGUGGGACGGCGGAUACAAGGGCAGCGGCGGUGAGCCUGGAACCGGUGAAAACGGAGGAAAUAAGUGACCAUGCGGAGAACGAGUGGGAAGGCCGUGCGGACGUGGAGCUUCCUGAUACGGGCCCUUGAUAUGGCAGCGGUUGAUAGCUGAAGAUGCACACACAUCCACAAAGCUCAGGUGGCUUCGCAAAAAAUGAAAGUGACAUUGUGGCUUGCACAGUUUCUCUGACCAAGAAGAUAUGUGUUUUGUGGCACUCGACAUUAAGUGGGAUACAUUAGGGGUAAAAUGGUUAAUUGCCCUGGAAAUUCAAUCAAUUGACAUGAUUCCAGGGCUGUAAUUCAAGAUUAUUCAUUGUUUACAUUACGGUGAAUGGUAGCAUAUGUACAAAACAAUGCAUUGACUAUUAAACGUGUAAUUGCAUAAAAUAUUAUUAAUUGAUUAAUCGAUGCAUUCAGCCCGAAUAGCAAUUAAAUGGAAUUUUUUGUUUUAAUCAAGCAAAUAAACUAUUUGUAUCUGUGGUUCAUAUAGUUAACGCGUGGCUUUAAGGUGGAUCUUUUUUUGUAGCUGUUAACGUCCUGGAGUAAGUAAAUCACUUGAAGAUGGGUGCACGGUUUUUAGUGUUGAUUUCCCAACACUGAGUUUUGUACGUAUGUAAGAUUGCCUUUCACUGGUAUUCAUAUCAUUACAAAGCCCAGUAUAACACAGAAAGUUUGCAUUGAUUAAAGUCUAAAAGAGAACCUGAUUUUUUUCAAUUAAAAAAAAACCGUUGAGGAUGACUGAAAAUCAACACGGGAUACUCGUUCAGUUUCAUCUGCCACCAGUUGGUGGCACUGUGAUCAUUGGCAAAGCUGGUUGAGAACUGUUGCGAACUAGUGCAGUUUAUGUUUGGCAUAACAUUUAAAUCCUGAUGAUAAAGAAAGGUGCAAAAAUGUGUGAUUUAUCUGCUGCUACUUAAUUGCUAUGAUUUGAUGUUCGUGGAUGCAUUUCUAGACAAGGGGAGGCACAGGACCCAGUUGCUGGAAUCAUUGAACUGGCCACAUGCCUAGGCUUGGACACAGCUGCCCAAGGCACGGAGAUUGGCUUUGGACCCCUUGGCAAAACGAUCUGACCCCAGAUUUCCGGGUACUGCCAACAUCAAGGAACAGCUAAAAAUAAGUGCCCCAUGUUUACAGCCAACAGGGACGGAUGGGUGGCGUCCGACAGAAAUAGCGCUGUUAUCGCCAUCUGUCUACUAUUUACGCUGUCAACCCCAAAGCACCUAUUAUCCUCCCUCCCUUCCUGUGUUCGGCCCUAAUUAUUUCAUAAUUUGAUGGUGAGUGUUUUUUUAUUAUUAUGCUUUUUUAAACCAAAACUGGAAGAUUAUAUCUAAAGCGGACGCCCGCAAACGGAAGUCAUGUCAAGACUGGAGAUGUGUGAAAUAUCUAUAAGCUAUGUCGCUAGUACUUUGUUACAUUUCUUUAUCCUAUGAACAGUUUAUCCAGAAGUGUUCCUGGCGUAAGGCAUUGACUACGUAUUUAAUUAAUGUAAUUAUGUCGACAUGUUUGCUGUUGGGAAAAAAUAAAAAUCGAAUAUGCAAGUUCUGGAAAA